CCUGCUGACUCCACAAAAUGGCCACCAUGAUGAACCCUAUAAUUAAACAGCAAGAAUAACGUGAUCGGUGCUGCGUAAAUUCUCUCAUUUGCAAGAUUAAAAAGAGAAUAUCUAAAGUGGUUUGUGAGUUUUUCUUAUAAGGAUUGAAAUGUAAUUAAAUUAUUUUUCCACUGGAGUAAGUGAAGUUUUUUUAUAAUUAUAAGAAAGCUGUAUAUAUAUAUAGUAACGCAAAAUUUGCUCUGAACGCAAAGGAGAGAUAUAGUAUAGAGAAGAAGCGUUUGUAAAAAGAAAUUAACGACGCUAUGAAUCAAUCAAGAAAUUUUACAUCACUUCUUAAUCCGGGUUAUAUUCGUGAUGCAGCAGCUGCUGCGGCUGCUGCAGCCCAGGCUGUAUCCCAGGCAAUAGCUAAUUCAACGUCCAGGAAACGAGAAGCCGAUGGUGACGGCAUUCAGGAAAAAGAAUCCAAGGAAGAGCGUAGGAAAAAAAGGAAAUCAAGAUGGGGAGGUAGUGAGCAUGACAAAACUUUUAUUCCCGGAAUGCCAACGGUUUUACCAACAAAUCUCACUCCCGAACAGGAACAAGCAUACCUCUUUCAGCUGCAGAUUGAGGAAAUCAGCAGGAAACUACGCACUGGAGAUCUUGGAAUACCGCUUAAUCCCGAGGAAAGAUCACCAUCUCCUGAGCCGAUUUACAGUAGCGAUGGAAAACGUCUAAAUACACGUGAAUAUCGUACGCGACGUAAAUUGGAGGAAGAACGUCAUAAUCUUAUUCAAAAGAUUCUUAAACUGAAUCCUGAAUUUAAACCACCACCGGAUUAUAAGCCACCGAUUAUACGUGUUCAUGAUAAAGUAAUGAUCCCUCAAGAAGAACAUCCUGACAUUAAUUUUGUUGGCCUGCUUAUUGGACCACGUGGAAAUACUUUGAAAUCAAUGGAAAAAGAAACGGGUGCGAAAAUAAUAAUUCGUGGCAAAGGAAGUGUGAAAGAGGGUAAAGUUGGACGUAAGGAUGGGCAACCUUUGCCUGGUGAAGAUGAACCUUUACAUGCGUACAUUACUGCUAAUAAUUUGGACGCGGUGAAAAAGGCAGUCGAAAGAAUACACGAAAUUAUUCGACAAGGAGUUGAAGUGCCAGAGGGUCAGAAUGAUUUACGACGCAAUCAAUUGAGGGAAUUAGCAUUGCUAAAUGGAACAUUGAGGGAAAAUGAUGGUCCACGUUGCACAAAUUGCGGAGCUUCAGAUCAUAAAUCAUGGCUGUGUCCUGAUAAGCCGAAUGUGACGAACAAUAUCGUGUGCUCAAGUUGUGGAGGCGCGGGUCACAUUGCUCGUGAUUGUAGAUCAAAACGUCCUGGAAUGGGUGGUCCAGCUGCUGCAGGUUUGGCACAAGCUGGCGAUAAAGCGAAAAUCGACGAGGAAUACAUGUCACUGAUGGCCGAAUUAGGAGAAGGUCCACCACCCGACAGAUCGAAGUCUCAAAGGCAAAAUAAUUCCAUUCCGAGCACAAAUUAUCCUGGACUCUUUGAUAGGCAACAAGCUCCUAGGGCGCUGAUGGCAGCACCGGCUCAUCCCCCGCCUCAGAUGAUGCAAGGAGGGCCCAUGAUGCCUCCUCCUGGAAUGGCGCCACCGCCACCACCUUGGUCCCAGGGCGAUGUCAAUAACAUGAACGGAAUUGCUAUGCAGUGGCAACCACCAGUCAGUAUGCCACCUCCACCAGGAGUUAUGCAACCGCCACCACCUCCUCCUGGCUCCACCAGUCAACCUAAUAUUCCACCCCUCAUGCCUUGGAUGCCAGCCAAUUUCCAAGCACCUGGAAAUAAUCAACCACCGCCUCCUGGUCAAAUGCCACCCACACAAAUGCCACCGCCAGGAAUGGGAAUUCCACCGUGGCAACAAAAUCAACAGCAACCAAUGCGACCACCACCACCUGGAACAGCACCUCCACCAGGAUUUGCACCUUGGCAACCGCCGCAAAUGCAAGGUUGGCCACCUGCCGCACCAGUACCACCGCCACCUCAACAACAAACCCCCAAUCCACCCGGUAUCGAUUUAAAUUCCCUACCCACUUUACUCGCUCAACCACCACCACCUCCACCACCAACAAGUUAGUCGAAUUUUUGGACACCCCAAAUUCAAAUCGGUAAACUCUGAUUUCAAUUAUAAAUAAGAAAAUUGAAAAAAAAAAUCUGGCCCUUUCAUUGUCUCGGUGUUUAACCAUUGCCUUUGUAAAAAAAAAGGCAAUGAUUAAGUUAUUAAAAGCAAACGUAGAAAUACAUUUUUUUUCUAUUUGACAGAAAAAUUAAUUUUUAAUAAUACAAGAAAACAAAUUCUUUUGCCUUAAAAAAAUAUAUAAUUAACUGCAACCAUCAUUUCCGACCAAAUUUUUACGAAAACUAGAAGAAAAAAUACUUUUUGCACUAAUUUCUUAAUAAAUUGUCAUUUCUAUAUUAAUUUUUCCGUUCCUGAUAUUUUUUUAACAACUACUAUUUCUUUAGAGAAAGAAAAUCAAUACGAUUUCUUGAUAAUUUUAAAUUGAGAAGAAAAUAAGGUUUUUUUUUUGGUAUUAAAGAGAAUGCCAUAAUAUAAAUAAUUAAGUAUUAGUUAUUUUUUUUGCAUUAAACUGGAAUAUUUUUUUUUUUAAUAUUAAAAAAAUAUUUCCCAUACAGUUUCACCCAAAUUGACAUGUCUUGUGUAUUUUUUUUUCUAUAAUCAACAUAAUUAGCGAUAAUUAAUGUCAACUUGUGUUGAAUUACUGUUUUCUUCUUUUAAUUUGUAUGUAAUAUGUACUUUUAUUAUUACAUAAUAAACAUGAAUAUGUGUUAA